AUGGAAUUUACUAAUUUGAAACAAGGAAAGAAGACUGUUGCAGAGUAUGACCGUGAAUUCUGUGACUUAGCUCGUUAUGCUCUAUAUAAAGUACACACAGAUGAAAAGAUGUCUGAACUUUUUUGUGCUGGACUAAGACAAGAUAUCCGAGUGAUAUUGGCAAGUCAAGAUACUUUAACUUAUGCUGAAGCUCUGAAUAGGGCACUUGACAUGGAACUAGCUAUGCAACCCGAGAAGGCAUCUCAAGCACCAGAGCCACCUCAGUACCAGACGAAGCCACGAGCGCCUAUAAAUCCACCUUUUGCUAAUCAAAAUUCAACUCAGAAAGAAAAAAGAAAGUGGGAAUAUCAAAAUCAGCCCAACAAGAGGAUAUGGCAAGGACCAGGUCAGCAACAAUUCCCUGGAAAUGUCAAACCACCUCUGGGACAACAGGGAAUUCCACCGUGUUUCAAAUGCAAUAAAAUGCAUACUGGAAUUUGUAAGGCUGGUAAUAACAGCUGCUAUACAUGUGGACAAGCGGGGCAUUUCUCAAACCAAUGCCCAAAUAAGCAACGAGGUAAUAGAGUGGGAAGACCGUACCCCAACCCAACUCCAAAUCUAAAGGCUAUGGAGGGAAAUUUUCCACCACCGCAACAACAACAUCCACCACAUCAACAACAACGACAACAACAGCAGCAACAUCAACAUCAUCAACAACAACAACCACAGAAGCAGCCGCUGAAUCAACAACAACACCAACGGAUUUUUGACCUAGAGCAGAAACCUUUUGAGAAGAACCAAGGUAAUCUGGCAGGUAUGGGUCAAUUAAAGGGUGUGCCUAUCAUCGUGUUAUUUGAUACUGGUGCCUCACAUUCAUUCAUAUCAUAUGCCUGCGUAGAUACCUUUGAGCUUAAUGUAGAACAAGAUAAAAAUGAAAUGGGGGUAAUGACUCCUCUAGGCAAGGGUAUCACAACUAAGCACACCUGUCCUAACUUAGACUUUGAGUUAGGUCCCCUUAAGAUGACAACGAAAUGUUGGCAUUUAAUGUCGAUAUGGGACGUGGAUAUUAUUCUUGGAAUGGAUUGGUUGACGGAAAAUUAUGCGACGAUUCGAUGCGAAAUGAGAGAAAUUUGUUUUCAACCACCAGGAAAAGAACCUACUUGCUUCUACGGUAUGGAAAAUCAAAAGAGGAAAACACCUGUUAUAUUAUCAGCAAUGCAAACCAUGAAGUUGUUGCGGAAUAGGGAGAAUGUAGCAUACUUGGUCUAUUUGAAUAAAGAAGUAAAAUCAGAAAUGAGCAUUGAUGAUGUACCGGUAGUGCGGGAGUAUAAAGACAUUUUUCCAGAAGCUUUACCAGGUUUGCCACCGGAUAGACAAGGGGAAUUUACUAUUGAUCUCGAACCUGGCGCAGCUCCAAUAUCUAAAGCACCGUUCAGAAUGGCUCCGAAAGAAUUGCAGGAAUUAAAAAUUCAGCUGCAAGAACUUCUUGAUCUAGGAUUCAUUCGACCAAGCGUGUCUCCGUGGGGAGCACCAGUCCUAUUUGUCAAGAAAAAGGAUGGAACAUUGAGAAUGUGUAUCGAUUACCGUGAGUUAAAUAAACUCACCUUGAAAAAUAAAUACCCUUUGCCAAGGAUAGACGACUUGUUUGAUCAGCUUAGAGGAGCAAAUGUCUUUUCAAAAAUGGAUUUGAGAUCUGGAUAUCACCAAUUGAAGAUACGACGAGAUGAUAUCCCUAAAACUGCUUUUCGAACAAGGUAUGGGCACUAUGAAUUCGUAGUAAUGCCUUUUGGGUUAAUCAAUGCCCCAGCAGUGUUCAUGGACCUUAUGAACCGUGUAUUUCACACAUAUUUGGAUAAGUUUGUAUUGGUUUUCAUAGACGAUAUUCUUAUCUACUCAAAGAGUGAAGAAGAACAUGAAGAACAUCUCAAGACUAUUUUGGAGAAAUUAAGAGCUGAAAAACUUUAUGCCAAGUUCAGCAAAUGCGAAUUUUGGUUGAGAGAAGUAAAUUUCUUGGGGAAUAUUGUCUCAUCAGAAGGAAUUAAAGUUGACCCUGCAGAAGUACAAGUUGUGCAAGAGUGGAAGUCACCAACUACAGCUAACGAAAUUCACAGUUUCUUAGGCCUCGCUGGGUACUAUCGAAGAUUUAUUGAAGGAUUCUCUAAGAUAGCACGACCGAUGACCCAAUUACUCAAGAAAAAUACCAAAUUUAUAUGA